ACCAAAGACUUUGGGACUCCGAUAUCUCUCUAUUUCCCGAUGGCGUACGUCGAGCGAGGCGUUGUGAAAUCCAAGCGAUCUAUUUGGCGACUUAAGACGAUAACAGACUUCUUCUGGGCCAUCGUCAACUUGAUAGGCGUUUUUUUUGCUACAAUGUUCUCGAUGGAAAAGUCGGAUGCUUACAAAAAAGGAUCCGGUGCUAGCAAAAAAUGGGAUGGCGGUGGCCCUGGAGGGCCUGGAGGUGGACCAUAUGGUGGUGGUCCACGUGGGCCACCUCGUGGACUUGACAAUGUUCGUGGCAUCGACCAUAGUUCCUUGCCUGCCUGCGGUUCUUGCUGUGGUUAAAUGGUGGGGAGUAUACUUGCAUUGUGCCUCGAAAUGGCUAAAUGGUUUGGAGUGAUAAUUUAGUAUGUGGGUGUAGAUACAUAUAAGAAGACAUGCAUAACAUUUGUCUUCCUUCCCAAACUGUUUUAAGUACUUGAUGUGCGGGUUUAGCUGUAUGAAAAUAUGUAAAAGAAUUGUGAUCAUCCUUUCAAGUACGUGUGUACAUUAAUUUUCAAGUUUAUGAUUAUUGUUGGAAUGUUGGGCCUA